AUCUGCAAUAAAUUCUAAUUGGGAAUCGUAAAGAUAAAGUGAUAUUAGUUUCAAGUAGGAUGGUUCAAAAACAGAUAGUCAAGCAUUGUCAAAAUGUAGUUUUAAGGUACCUACAUAUCUAAAGUGCGAAGCGUGGAAUGGAUUUAUACAAAAUUAUCUUGAAGAGAUCUUGUCCAGACCUUGUAUCGUCUCUCCUCUCCAACUUUGGAAAGGAGUCAGCACACGUGAUAAAGCGCGGUCUCCUUUGGCAGCAACGAGACCGAUUAUUCAGUAGAUGGAAAGAGCGGUACUUCGUCUUGACCAAGGACUACUUGCACUGUUUCCGGAGAGCUUCAGGAGCUGACAGGAUAUCGGAAAUGGGGCAGUUCCUCUUCAAGGUCAAACUAGUCGACAUUGUACGGAUUGAGUGGGAGAACAAGAAGACUUAUAGCACAGUUGCACUGGUCCUCGGCCGGGAUGGUAAAAUCUAUCUACGGGCAUCAGACGGAUUGGAAGACUGGUUCGAAAUGUUAGAAGAGUGCAUGCUGGCAAGCAAAGAGCGUAGAAGGGCCCUAAGAUAUUCGCACAACGAAGGCAAGACAACGGACAACAACAACAUCACCUCGUCUCUCGAUGAAUGGAUAGCUGCGCGUCAGAAAAUACAUAUGGGACGACUGCCUACAGAUAGCGUGAGUACGAGACAGGAAACUGUAAAGAAACGCAUUAGGGCUCCAAGAGAUGAAGACUGGGAACCACCGAAUUUCGACAAUAGGCUAUCACUGCUGACAGACAUUGACAUCUCCUCCUCCCUGACGUACGAUGGUGGUGCGGGCGGUGACUCCACCUCCGCUUCGAGCACAGUGGGCGGAGCUUCAACUAGCUCCACCUCCUACCGACUUAGCGAUGACGUAUUCUGCGUACGUCCGCCCGCGCUGGCUCGUCUCGGCUCUUUCCGCUCGACUUCGGCUUCAUUGGGCGGUGCUUCGGCUGGACGCGGGAUUGCGACUCCGGUAUCGCCCAAGCGCACGCUGAGGGCGCCUACUAAGGGAGCACCACCUCCGAUACAGGUAUCUAGGCGGGACGCUGUGGAUGUGGAUAGAGUGUACUUCAAGUUUAGAGAGCGAUCGUACAGCGACAUCCAACGCGUCUAAAUGGCAAGAGGGAAGAAGAAAGAGGGGAGGGGAUGCAAUGAAUCCGCAGGAAUCACGAAGGCAUCCCGACGAAACUCACAUCAUCGAUAUUGUAUCCCAUUGUUUCGAAUCUCAGAGCAAGAAAAUAUAGUGGGGUUGAAAACCCGAGAUCUGCUUUUGUUACACCAAGCAGAGAUGGGUCAAAUCUAUUCCUUCGAUACGUUCACGAUUCUGAUGGCGGACUCGGAGUCGAUUUAUCCAAUUUGUUCACGAUUCUAAUUCAUUUUGACAUCAGUUCUUUUCGAUUCUCACUCCGGUUUCUUUCUAUUUCGAUUCACGCAAGUUCGAAACAGGUGAUUCUGAUUAAUUUAUAAAAAAGUAUCUGAUUGGUGGCGUUAAAAAGACAUUUAUUACCCACAUAUCUAUGAAAUUAUGAAGAAAACCAGGUGUAUUGUUGAACUGAAAAUAUGGUAUAUAAAAAACAUAAAUUCAACAAUCGUUUAUACUCCAAAUUUAAGACUUCAUACUAAAUUAUUCUUCAGAUUUGAAGCCCUUGCAAUCAGAAGCGUUUUAUUGCGAUUAUCCUUCGUCGAAAUCCUUUCGGAUUCGUCUAUAAGAAAUCGGAAUCCCGGUCAUACGAGCCGGAAUUUAAAUUAUGGUAGUCGGCAUCGAAACCACCGGAAUCAGAACCACUGCAAUCGAAAUUAUCGAAACCAAAAACAUCAAAAUCGGCAUCGAAACCACUGGGUCCGAUUCCUUCGGGACCUUCGGAAUCGAUUCCAUCAAUUUCGACUGUUGUAGCGCUCCUUUGGAACGACUCGUUCAGGACGUGCCCAACUCUACUACUAACGAGAUUCAAGUAUCCUUCUCUAUCAAUGAGGCGUUUCAAGAAAUAAGACGUUCUGUUUUUGAUCCCACGUAAAUUACACCCAAUCUUUGAAUCCGACAUUAGCUCUUAAACGAAAUCUGUUUUAGAGUGGAUUGGAUUCAAGCGAUUGUUUGGAAAAUUAGCUCUCUAGGGCUAAAUCUAAAUGUCGUAUCCAAAAGCGGUGCUGAUCUUAUAUCCCAGCAAUCUUCUUUGGUUACUUAAGAUAUCAGACAUUUGCUGAAAAGAAAAUCAAGUCAAAAUUGACAGAAGAAGACCGUCGUUCUCAUCCCAAUAGCGUUUUUCUGUUAAUUUCUAAAAUACUUCAUGAUAUAUCAAUAAGAUGCAGUAUCUCCCAGUACUUGAUAAAAUAGUAUUGGAAAGUUAUCAUACGAAACUCGAUUGCUAAUUAUAUACUAUAUUGUAUAAGGUUAUAAUAAAGUACCUAUCCAUAAUUCGAGGGUAAUUUUAAUAAAAACUUCACGUAAACACAAAUCCGAUCAUUUUUCAUUUCAAGAUACCUACGAGAUUUCAAGCUUUUACAAAAACUGUAGUUUUUUUCAAUCGUGACAAUUUUUUAAACAUUUGCUAAAAUUCAGUAGGAACAAAGGUAUCAUUGUAGGUUCAAUUAAAAUAUAAAAAAUACACAAAUUGCAAUGGCCAUCUAGAUAAUAGGAAGUGGAACUUAUUAACGGCUUUUCCUUUAUUAUUGACGAUACAUUUUUAACUACUAAAUUUUAACUAAUUUCAACAAAUUCGGCUAAAGAGUUAUGUAAACGUACUUUUACGAAAAUGAAUAACCAAAUAAGUUUGACAUACCCAAAUUGUCAUGAAAACAAGGUGCUACCGAGUUUACGUUUCACGAAGUUUAGUUAAGAUCCCCCACUCGCCCUCUAAAGUUUACAUAUUGCUUAAAAAAAAAUCGUUAUAUGACUUCCUGAUGUAGAAGUUGUUUUUGUAUCAUCGAUCAAUAUAUAAAAAUGGAACUCUCAGUAUUUUUCUUGUUCUGAUACUCGAACGUCAUGAGCUUUCGCUUAUUGGUCAUACGACUAGUCAUACCCAAAGGCUUUUAGUUACUCAAAAGGUUCUGUUUGACAAUAUCCUUUCUAUUGCUAUUAGAAAUCUGAUUACUAAAUUUUUUCCUAUAACAAAAAUCAGUUCAUAAACCAUUGUGACUGUAAUUUGAAGGAUAUUAUCGAAGCAAGGCCACUAUAUCUAUCGACCAAAAACUUGUUCAUUUUUAUCUAUUUGUAGGUAAUGUAAUAGGUAAAUUUUCAUCCAGUAGUUAUUUAUGAUAUCCCUGAAGCAAUACGAGUAGGUCUUUUUCAAAAUGUAUGUUGUCAUUUUUGUACCAAGUAUUUGUGACAAUCUGUAUUUGUAUCUCUAAAGUUGCCCUAACGGUUUUUUCGAUGUAUUUUCAAUACCUAUAUAAUACCUAUAUAUUUGUCAAUAAAGACUGUUAAAUGUG